CUUCAGUGAAGGGGUAAGACUGUGUAGCUUUCAUAAGAACUUUGCACACAUUAAGUUAAAAAACAAAUAACGUAACGUUAGAUACCUACUGUAUUUAUCCAGUCGAGUUCAUCAACAACUGUAGCAAGUGUUCUGACGGGCGCUGCCCAGUUGACGAUGGAAGUGAAUGGUCAACCAGAGACACUAAAACGAGAAGAUUGCUCAAAUCAUUAGACAUUUUGAACUUGAUUAGCUUCCCCAUAUGCGUUGUAUAACUUCUUUUUAAAUGAUUUACAGGUUAAUACACAAAUUGCGUGAAAUUCGUAAAUGCAAUGGAUAAAUGUGAGCAUUCACUAAGUAUUCACUAAGUAUUUACCAGCCAUUUACCGAUGUUAUUUUCGCCAUCUUUCCCGGAAGUGGGCAUGUUUGUUGAAAAGACUGUUUCGACAUAUGUAUUUUAUUAAUUCAUUUGCCCGUGUUGUCAGGUAUAGUUGUAUACACAAAUGUCUGUUUUUCACAAACAUCUAAAAUAAAUUCACAAUAAACAAUAUUACCAUUGUGGAGGCUAAGAUGGAAUGUUACAAUAAUAAGCGCUGUUCAUCUGUUCGUCCAAAACAACAAAACUUUUUUGAAACUAGUAUUAACGUAGUUUUUUGUCUAGUAUCGUUGUUAUAGUUUGAAGCGGUGUAAAACUGCAAUAAUGUUGCUGACAUUAUUUCGCGAAAGUCAUUUAUGUAGGACAACAAAGUGACCACGAGGGGCGGUAGUUAGCUGACUGUUGUGGCUAGAAAUCGCAAGGCAUUCUGGGACCUUUAGUUCUAAAUGGCGGGCUGUCGUGUUGACAAUAUGAUUCAGAAAACUAGAAAAGCGUGAAUUGCUUUUUAAAAAAAACUAUCUCACAAUUAAGAAUACAUAUAGAUUUAAUUUGCGUUUAUUUAGGAUGUAACUGCGUGAAUAAAGCUGCGGUAUCACAAAAAAAGCUUUUCUGGUUGGCGUAAAAUAAACAGGAAGUUGUUAGCGUUGUGGGACGUGUAGUUCCGGCAGCAGGCCGCUGAAGGAGACAUCGCGCAGGAUAAAGAAAGGGCAAUAAAAUAGUCACAGUUCGACCUGUGGGUUGACUUUUUGGACUUGGCGUUUGUAUUAAGAUGCCUGGGUUCACCUGCUGUGUCCCGGGCUGCUACAGCAACUCACACAGGGACCGGGACCUACGCUUCUACACAUUUCCCAAAGACAACACGCUGAGGGAGCUGUGGCUGAGGAACAUCUCCCGGGCCGGGGUCAGUGGCUGCUUCAGCACCUUCCAACCCACCACGGGUCACCGCGUCUGCAGUGUGCACUUCGUAGGCGGGAGGAAAACCUACAGCAUCCGAGUACCGUCGCUUUUCCCUCUGAGGGGUGUGAAUGAGCGCAGGGUUCGACGAGGCAGGGGCAAGAAGGUGUCGACGGCGGCUCCAGGAGCCCCCGUCGCCGCUGCAGCCACCACCGGGAUUGUUAUCAACACCGUGUUGGGAAACACGGCUGACAGUGCCGAGGCCAACGCCGGUGGCGAGGCCAUCGACGAAAGCAUCACGGUGGUUCAGAUUGGCCAAAACGGGGAGUAUCUCGGCACGGCGCGGCUGCCUGUGGCGACAGAGGGAUCUUACACAGUUUCAAACGAACUCACCGCCGACGACUCCUCCGCUGAGGGGCAGCAGCCACUGAUGCAGUACGUCAGCGUCACCAGUAGCCCACUGGACCACUCGUACUCGCUGACCACCGGCACCACGUCCACCGAGCUGCUGCGCAAACUCAACGAGCAGCGAGACAUCAUCGCCCUCAUGGAGGUGAAGAUGAAGGAGAUGAAGGCCACCAUCCGCCAGCUCCGGGUGGUGGAGGCCAAGCUGCAGGAGGAGGUGCGGGAGCGGGAUCGGCUACUGUGCAGCGCUUCGGUAGCUCCCAAGAAAAUAUAAUAGGCGAACUCGAAAAAGACAUGAGGACACAGGAUGGGGAUUUGUACAAAAUAUUGUAUUUUCAACAACUAUAGAGCUGAUUUUCGUAGCCCUUGAUGCAUAAAGAUAAACUGUCUAGUUGUUUAGCUGGUAGUAAUGCUGACCUGCUAUGAAAUCCACCGUUAUUUAACCCCCCCCCCAUACACACACAGUUAGACUAAUAUUUAUGAGUGUCAGGAAGGUUGCUUUCGUACGAUUUUUUUGCUCAUUUGAAAUUUAAAAAAAAUCACCAGAAUGGCACAGCACAUUUUUGUGGCAUAUUAAUGACAUCUACAAACAUA